AUGACUUCUGCAACAUCACCAAUCAUUUUAAAAUGGGACCCCAAAAGUUUGGAAAUCAGGACUCUUACCGUGGAGAGGCUAUUGGAGCCUCUAGUUACACAGGUGACGACCCUUGUAAACACAAGCAACAAAGGUCCAUCUGGUAAAAAGAAAGGUCGAUCUAAGAAGGCUCAUGUUCUAGCUGCCUCAGUUGAACAAGCGACUCAAAACUUUUUGGAAAAAGGAGAGCAGAUUGCAAAGGAGAGCCAGGACCUGAAAGAUGAGCUGGUGGCUGCUGUUGAGGACGUGCGCAAGCAAGGUGAAACGAUGAGGAUUGCUUCAUCAGAGUUUGCAGAUGAUCCUUGUUCCUCUGUCAAACGUGGGACCAUGGUGCGGGCUGCCCGGGCUCUGCUUUCAGCGGUCACUCGUUUGCUCAUCCUGGCUGACAUGGCAGAUGUCAUGAGGCUUUUGUCUCACCUGAAAAUUGUAGAAGAAGCAUUAGAAGCUGUGAAGAAUGCCACAAAUGAGCAAGACCUUGCAAACCGCUUCAAAGAAUUUGGAAAAGAGAUGGUGAAGCUGAACUAUGUAGCUGCUAGAAGGCAACAGGAACUGAAAGAUCCCCACUGCAGGGAUGAAAUGGCUGCUGCUCGUGGUGCCCUGAAGAAGAACGCCACUAUGCUGUAUACGGCUUCCCAAGCUUUCCUCCGUCACCCUGAUGUAGCAGCGACCAGAGCCAACAGGGAUUAUGUCUUCAAGCAAGUCCAAGAAGCCAUUGCCGGCAUCUCAAAUGCUGCUCAGGCCACCUCGCCGACUGAUGAGAACAAGGGACACACUGGCAUUGGGGAACUUGCAGCAGCACUGAAUGAGUUUGAUAACAAGAUCAUCCUAGACCCCAUGACCUUCAGUGAAGCCCGAUUUCGACCAUCUCUUGAAGAGAGGUUGGAGAGUAUUAUCAGUGGUGCUGCCCUCAUGGCAGACUCUUCUUGCACCCGUGACGACCGUCGGGAAAGAAUCGUAGCUGAGUGCAAUGCCGUACGACAAGCCCUCCAGGACUUGCUUAGUGAAUACAUGAAUAAUACUGGAAGGAAGGAAAAAGGAGACCCCCUGAAUAUAGCAAUUGACAAGAUGACCAAGAAAACAAGGGAUUUACGAAGACAGCUCCGGAAAGCGGUGAUGGAUCAUAUAUCGGAUUCCUUCCUUGAGACCAAUGUUCCAUUACUGGUUCUCAUCGAAGCAGCCAAGAGUGGUAAUGAGAAAGAAGUGAAGGAAUACGCUCAAGUGUUCCGUGAGCAUGCCAACAAGUUAGUGGAGGUUGCCAAUUUGGCCUGUUCAAUUUCCAAUAACGAAGAAGGUGUAAAAUUAGUCCGUAUGGCAGCGACCCAGAUUGAUAGUCUGUGCCCACAGGUAAUAAAUGCGGCGCUCACGUUGGCUGCCAGGCCCCAGAGCAAAGUGGCUCAGGACAACAUGGAUGUCUUCAAAGACCAGUGGGAGAAGCAGGUGCGGGUCCUCACUGAAGCAGUUGAUGACAUCACUUCGGUGGAUGAUUUCCUCUCUGUCUCAGAAAACCAUAUCCUGGAGGACGUCAAUAAAUGUGUGAUUGCCUUGCAAGAGGGCGAUGUUGACACCUUGGACAGAACUGCAGGGGCAAUCCGAGGUCGUGCGGCCAGGGUCAUCCAUAUCAUUAACGCCGAGAUGGAAAACUACGAAGCUGGUGUUUACACCGAGAAAGUGUUAGAAGCAACAAAGUUGCUUUCUGAAACUGUUAUGCCACGUUUUGCCGAACAAGUGGAAGUUGCUAUUGAAGCCCUGAGUGCGAACGUCCCACAGCCGUUUGAAGAGAACGAGUUCAUAGACGCCUCCCGCUUGGUUUAUGAUGGAGUUCGCGACAUCAGGAAAGCUGUUCUCAUGAUAAGGACUCCUGAAGAGCUAGAGGAUGAUUCUGACUUUGAGCAGGAAGAUUACGACGUUCGCAGCCGGACGAGUGUUCAGACUGAAGACGAUCAGCUUAUUGCUGGGCAGAGUGCAAGGGCUAUCAUGGCUCAGCUUCCCCAGGAGGAGAAGGCUAAAAUAGCAGAGCAAGUAGAGAUAUUCCACCAAGAAAAAAGCAAACUGGACGCUGAAGUGGCCAAGUGGGAUGACAGCGGCAAUGACAUCAUUGUACUGGCCAAGCAGAUGUGCAUGAUUAUGAUGGAGAUGACAGACUUCACUAGGGGCAAGGGGCCACUGAAGAAUACGUCCGAUGUCAUUAAUGCUGCCAAGAAGAUUGCAGAAGCUGGCUCAAGAAUGGACAAAUUGGCCCGCGCAGUGGCUGAUCAGUGCCCGGAUUCAGCCUGCAAGCAAGAUCUAUUAGCGUAUCUCCAGCGCAUUGCCCUCUACUGUCACCAGCUUAAUAUCUGCAGCAAGGUGAAGGCAGAAGUUCAGAACUUGGGAGGCGAACUUAUUGUCUCGGGGACUGGAGUUCAGAGCACUUUCACUACCUUUUAUGAGGUAGAGUGUGAUGUCAUAGAUGGGGGCAGGGCUAGUCAACUUUCUACCCACCUACCCACCUGUGCUGAGGGAGCUACACUUGCAAACGGAGGCGGUGACUCUUCCAUGCUGGACAGCGCCACGUCCCUCAUCCAAGCCGCUAAAAACCUGAUGAAUGCUGUGGUCCUUACUGUAAAAGCUUCAUACGUGGCUUCGACCAAAUAUCAAAAGGUCUACGGAACGGCUGCGGUCAACUCACCUGUCGUGUCUUGGAAGAUGAAGGCACCAGAAAAGAAACCAUUAGUCAAGAGAGAAAAACCGGAGGAAUAUCAGACGAGAGUGAGGAGAGGUUCUCAGAAGAAACACAUUUCUCCAGUACAAGCUCUAAGUGAAUUUAAAGCGAUGGAUUCCUUCUAAUUCACUAGGCUUCGUCACAAGGGGUUUUUCUAUUUCCUUUCUUGUUUUGUAUGCGUACCUGCCGACUUGUAUGCGUCCGGCAUGGGGAAACAAAGAUAAUGAAGCAGUGUCAAUUUGCAUGCAACCUGAGACUUUAUUAAAGUCAUUAAGCAAUCCACAAUUUCCCUUCCCAAAAGACACAGGGUGUUUCUUACACUGACCUCUGUUCCCACAAUAGCAAAAAAAGAAAUUAUCCCCCCCCCCCUAAAAAAAAAAUGUAUUGUAAGACCAGGGUGGAGGAAAGGGAGGCAGUCAAUCCUGAAGGAUGGAAAGCAAAUCCUUAAUGCAUGCAAGAAACAUUAGAUUGGCAGGAAUAUUUAUAGGGGGGAAACCUGGAAGUUGCCAUGGUAGACCAUAAGAGCUUGUAUUGCUUUUGUUACAGUGCAAUCAUGUAACUAGCCAAUAUGCUUGAAUGUGUGGCCCAGAUAAUGAGACAAUUUAACUUUGAGUCAUCUUCAUUAUGGUAUGUGAAUUUUUAACAAAGAUGGUGAUAAAAAAUUAACACUUCUUUUAACCCACAUUUUCAUCUUUCGUUUCUAGUAGUGUUAUGACAAUGCUUCUGUAUCAACAAUUCCCACUUGACAUGAACAAAGUUUCUCUCCCUCCCUUUCUCUCUCUCUCUCUUGUUUAAAAUUGUUUUCUUUUUGCCAAUUGAAUUUCUUCUGGUGGAGUAUGAAGCACAACAUGGUGGUUGACAUUGCCUUUUGUAUUAUUAUUAUAAUUAUAUUAUUAUUCUUAAUAUUAUUAGACAUAGAAGAACCGGUGAUGGAAUGUGUAGAGACAUGGGAACUGACACGUGUGAGAAUUUAGAGGCAAAUAUGUAGGUGUAGAUUUGGAUUGCAAGGUAUCUGAUAUACCGCCGUAACCGCUAACUCUCAAUAAACUUAUUUAACCUUGGAA